AAAAAAACUACAAGUCCCAGAAUGCCUUGCUUGCCUACGUCGUUGUUUAGUUUGAGAAUUCGAACACAGUGACGCGAUGGCAGCCGCAUUAUCGAGGGCUUUGAAACUACCCGGUAAAAAACACACCGGGCUGGGGGAGUACGACCCCCUGACCCAAGCGGACAGCGACGAGAGCGAGGAGGAGGAGGAGGAGGAGGAAGACGAGCUGGUCCUCAACUUCCCCAGGAAUGGGUUCAACGGCAGCACCCAAGCCUGCCGCAGUACCGGCCUCCAGACACAGGGGGGCAACAGAGAGCGGGCCGCCGUGCGGAAACACGGCCGUCUGACGGGCGGACCCGAGGCCCGGAUCGACAGGGAGCCCGGUUCUGACCCGGAGCUCAAGGACCGAGCCGGCCGGGCCCAGCUGAUCAGAACCACGCUGUUUCUCGCCACGCUGUGUGUCUCUGUGCUGGCUGUGCUGAUGUGUGCGUUUCUCAUUCCCUGCAGGAAGGGGGCGCUGUGGCCCAAGCAUUGGAAUAGGAGCGUGGGGGAGAUGGGAGUCGUGUCCCUGCCUCCUCUGGAAUUAUGGGAUGUGGAUAACGAUACCGUCACCGAUGUCGUCAUAGCGACGACCCAGCCAGCCAAUGACAGCUCAGCAUCUCUAGUCCAUUCCGUCUCUGCUCUCUCCGGUAUCGACGGCGCCCUCCUGUGGACCCAGUCGGUUCUGGAGGAAGCCCGGUUCAUCCAGUGCGGGUUCGAGAGACUGGGGAGGGGGUCCGGUCCAGCCUGCCUGCUCACUGGGACCAGCGCCCUGCUCCGAGCUGUCCGAGCGGACACUGGUUCGAGUCUCUGGCAGCUCCCUCCUCAGGCUCUGGAGGGACGGAUCGCUGCCCCAGCUCUGCGGGUUCCGGAUCUCAAUGCAGACUCCGUUCCUGAGCUGCUGGUCGCCGUGCGGCCCGCGGACCAGCAGUCUGAUCUCUCUCUCCUGCUGGUCUCCGGAGCGGACGGAGCUGUGAUUGGUUCUAGGGUGACCUUUAACCUCACCGGUCAGGGCAAGCCGAUUGGCCCACAGCUCCAUGUGACCAAAGGGGGCGCCAUCUACAUCCUAUUUGGCUUUGGCAGCGUCGAGGCCACCUCUUUGAAGGACAUUUUCCUUCAGGCGAACAGGAAGGCCACCCCUCCCCGGGCGCUGCUCUCUCAGGACCCGGAUUGGGAGCAGCUGAGAGGAGAGAACCUCUCCAGUCUGAUUCACGUUGCCAGUGGUCAUGUUGAAUACUUGGCCUCUCUCUCGGGCUCCACACUGAGUUGCAAUGACCUCCUCAUCACCACUAGAGGGAGCCUCUCUUUCAUCAGGGGCUCCAACCUGCAGAGAAAAUGGAGCAUUCGCAUACCAAGAAUACAGAGUCCCCCAGUCUUUGGUUUCUUCAAUAAGGAUGACAUCCCAGAUAUUAUGCUGCAAGUUUCCACAGCCGACGGACUGAAAAAGGUGCUGGUGAUUGACGGCUCGAGUGGGCGGAGCCUGUGGCAGGCAGAGUUCCGCUGCCACCUGCAGGCCGUUGGGGGAACAGCGCUGGCGACAUCCACCGGCCAAUCAGCAUUCCUCUUCUGGGCCGAUGACCUUCGACCUUCCGGAAACGCCACCUCGCCCAAUCCCGAGUCCUUAGUCCUCCACCGGCUGUAUCUGCUCCACAGCACCUAUCCCACAAUCCUCCUGGAGCUGAUGUCAAGCACAGACACCAUUCUGUCCACCGGAGCGAGGUACGUGGAGCAACAGAAAGACGCAUUUUACAUUACCGUAGCGACGAGGCCCGCUCCGGAUUCUUCCAGCUCCAAGACUGGGGCUCAGGUAGUCAGCAGGCUGAGUUUGAAGAGGGCUGUGACCCACGCAUCGCCCGUGGCCCUGGGCCCCCCCUCGCAACCCCUGGGGCCUUUCGAAGUCGCCAAUUUCUUCAACAAACUGGAAUUUAUUAAAACGCAAAAGUAACAGAUGCUCCCUAUUGGUCAAUAUCGUCACGUGGAGGAGGAACAAAGGGAGGAAGCUGAUUGGCUGAGACUGCACUGGUUGCUACGGGAGCCAGGCAUGAUAAGAGACUAUUGGCUGCUCUGGGGAAGGGGGAGGGGUUAGAUUUGAACCAAUAAAAUAACUUUU